GCGCUACUCUCAGAUAACUAUGAUUGAACCAAUGAUCACUGGAUUGCAAGAAUCAUUGCCGAAAACUAUCGGACUUCUGCCUUUCGACGGAGGUGUGACAGCCUGUGUGAGGCUUGUUAAAGAACAUCUUAACUGGGGGGCAAAGUCCGAGCUGAAAGCAGAGGUUCUCCGUGGGAUUAAAGAGAUUGGAAGUGUACUAUACUGGAUGGGCCUUCUAGAUAUUGUGUUGAGAGAAAGAGAUACAAUGCACUUCAUGCAAACUGCUCCUUGGUUGGGCUUGGUUCCUGGUGCAGACGGACAAGUGUUAAAUGCUCAUGAUGGUGGAGACAGCCCUGUUGUUAAUCUCUUUAGAUCAACAACUGCUGCGAUGGUGUCAAGCCCGGGAUGCCCAAACCCUAAUUCUUUCCACAUCAUGGCAAAACAAGCAGAAGCUGCAGAUCUUUUAUACAAGGCUAACUUGAAUACUGGAAGCGUGCUGGAGUAUGCCCUUGCUUUCACAAGUGCUGCGUUAGAUAAAUACUGUAGCAAAUGGAGUGCUGUGCCCAAGACAGGCUUCAUUGACAUUACAACUACUAAAGAUUUCUACCGCAUAUACAGUGGUCUCCAACUUGGAUAUUUAGAAGCAUCUGUCCAAGUACCAGCAAAUAGUCAUGAAAGGCUGGGUGAUUCAGUGGCUUGGGGUGGCUGCACCGUAAUAUAUUUGCUUGGGCAACAGCUGCAUUUUGAGCUCUUCGACUUCUCAUAUCAGAUCCUCAAUAUUGCAGAAGUAGAGGCUGCAUCUGUGUUUCCAACAAAUAAGAACUCGCAUUUUCAUGUACAGGGAUGGGAUGCGUUACUGGAAGCAAUGAAGAAAGCAAGGAGAUUAAACAACCAUGUAUUCUCUAUGCUGAAAGCACGCUGUCCCUUGGAAGAAAAGACAGCUUGUGCUAUCAAGCAAAGUGGUGCUCCGCUCCAUAGAAUUAAAUUUGAGAACACGGUCUCUGCUUUUGAAACCUUGCCACAGAAAGGGGCCUAAACUAGUGCCGUGCUUCUUCCCAAUUCCUUGACGUUCUUAUUGUGUAAGUAAUCUGAUGUAACUGGCGUGUCUAUAUAUGUAUUCGACUGUUUAAUUUGCAUGUAAUUGAUCAUAAUACCUGAACACUGGCUCCCGUUCGGAUGACGAAAUGGGAGGGCAGUGUUUGGUGACUGGAUGAGCCAUCAUUGCCUAAGAUUUAACUUGAACAUCAUGCCAAAUCACCGCCGUGAGGAGGCAUGUCA